UGGUCAUCUCUUCACGGGAGAGGCUUAAAUAGAUUCUGGUCUAAUAUUGGAGGAUACAAAGGUCCAUUGCUAAUGUUGGUGUCUGCAAGUAAAGAAGAUGCUCAUGGGGGUAGCACCAAUGUUAAAAAAUGGAUCAUUGGUGCACUUACAGAGAAUGGUUUUGAAAAUAAGGAUUUGUUCUAUGGAAGCUCAAGAAGUCUAUAUGCUGUAAGUCUUGUCUUCCAUGUGUUUCCGUCUGCUGGGAAAGAAAAGAACUUUGUGUAUAGCCACUUGCAACCUACUGGUAAAGUAUAUGAACGACAGCAUAAGCCUGUCGGAAUUGCAUUUGGAGGAACUAUGGGAAAUGAGAGAGUCUUUGUCAAAUGAAGAUUUCUAGCUAGAGUUACUAUUCGCCAUCAUGCCACUGACAAAACUUACCAACCUGGUUCCCUCUUCCCAGAUCAGGGGUUCCUACCUGUUGAAGCUUUGAUUUCGAAAAUUGAAGUUUGGGGAUUAGGUGGGAAAGCAGCUAAGGAAGUGCAGAGUUCAUACAGGAAGAGAGAGGAGCUUUUCACAGAGCAAAGACGAAAGGUUGACUUGAAAACAUUUGGAAGUUGGGAUGAAUCGCCCGAAAAGAUGAUGAUGGACAUGAUCUCUGAUCCCAAUGCAGUUCGGCGAGAAGAUCGUUAAGACUGUAUAGAUUUAAGAUAGUACAAAUGCCAUAUUAUACUUUUGCUGCUCAGGUGUAUUAGUAUUUAAAAAGUGUAAAUUUUGCAAAU